AUGUCUCCUGGGUCUCAGCCAAUGCUCCCAAAUUAUGGAACUCGCAAACGUUUGCCACCUGCCGAAACCCAGUCGGACGAUGUCAAGAUAUCACACUCCAUUCCCCUCGCUGGGAGGAGUAGUCAGGAGGCUCUCAAUGCCUUUCCACAUAAUUUGGAGUCUGCUUCCGCCUCUCCAUCUGCGGUCUUCUCCGCGAAUCCGUCGACGACUUCUACCCCCGGCCUGAACGAUUCUCCUUGUGCCACCCGCAUCACCCCAUUAAAUGGCGCAGCAUCUCAUGGUCCCCAGGACUCAAUCUCCUCCACUCUGACGAAGGAUUCCAUCAUGCGAAGACGAAGAGGGAGCACUCUGAGGUCGGUCAUGCGCAAGAUAUUCGGUCGAAAGAGGCGAAGUGACCCGGAAUCUUUCAGAAGAGAAGCACUCAAUCAGUGGACGCCUACCCUACGGACAACAGAGCAUCCAGCUAAACCGGCGUCUGGAUCUUUGCGGUCGCGAUCGAACAGGGCGCCGUCAUUGCCAACCCAUCCUAGCUCACUAGCUCAUACCCCUACGCGGAGUUCCUUGAGGAACUCGAGGGAAUCCCAGCAUCAUCAGCGAUCUGGCAGUAGGUCGCCAAGAUUCGACUUCUACCGACAGCCACGACGACGAGCAACGUUGCCAAGUAUCGUUUUAUCAACUCACGAAGCCCGCGAGCUCGCUAGUCAAAUUGCCCGGCAGAAUUCGAGACCGAACAGCAUCCAUUCACCAACACGACGUAUAAAAGAGCCGAAAAUUUUCGACCAAAAGACAUCCAGACAACAAAAAAGACGGUCGCGCAGCGCGUCUGAAUUGCGGGACACGGCAAGAGCACAUCGUAUGUCUCCAAUACAAUGGCGGCGGCGUAGUGAUGAGAUCAAGUUCUGGAGGGAAAGCUUCCUCAAGGUGGAGACGAGCCCUUCGAUAUCCGCCCGACCUGAAACCCAAAGCACAAUUGCCAGUGUUUUAGAAGCCACAGAGCAUGCGGAAGUUGACCAGUCGCUAGAUGAUCCCUUCAACCUCACCGCGCUGAUGGGAACGAUGCAUGACAAUUCUGAAACCGGCCUUGCGCAACGAGUGAACAUGUUGGAAGUAAAGCUGAUGGAUCUUGAAUUUGCUAUCGCGAAGCUCCAGGGUCACGAUGUUUCCCCAGCCAAGAAAACCUUUGACACGAGCAUGGGACGCAAUUUUCCACACAGCCAACAGCGCACAGUAACAGAUGCACAUCCGCCGCUCUUUGUAAGCUCAUUCCCAUCGAGCCCGAGCAUCACCCCUCCUCGUACUUCACCUACCCCCGACAGACCCGAAAGUACCGCCACAUUGCGCCCAUAUACCGUUAGAAACAACGUCUCAUGCCAGACCCCAUCGUCAUUCGUUUCCGACUUCAAGGGAAUCUCCGUCGAGCAAUACAGCGCAUUAACAACCCUUGUUCGACGUGAGCAGACCGCGCGCAAGCUUCUCGAGGAGCAAGUCUUCCAACUGCAGCGGGACAUUUCCCAACUACGGAUUCCUCCUACAGAAUUUCGUCCCGUUGGGGUAGCGAUAGAAGGGUUAAUAAUACCGAGCGUUCUGAGACGGAGAGUGACGAUGAAUUCAUGGAAGCGUCCCAUAGGAGGAGAGAAGAUGCCUACCGGCGCGCGAACAUGGGGACAACGGACAGAAAUUAUAUUGCGGGGAUGA